AUGAAACAAUCGAAAAAGCAUCCGUACAAGCAUUUCAUAUGUACAAUGCCAGAAGAAAUCGAAAAGAAUAAACCUCUUCUAUUACCAAUUGAAAGCCAAGAUCAAUUUGAAUUUUAUAUUGAAAUCACUUCAACUCCGAAAACAAAAUUCAUCCCGCCAACGUCAUCAACACCUGUCAAAAAGUCUGCUUCUCCGUCGUCGUCGCGUUCCAAUAAGAACAAUGUUAACAACACUCGGACUUCUGUUCGUUCUCGCCGAACACUAAAACGUACUUAUUGUAAAAGUGCGAUAUUCUUUCGUCAAUUAAAACGGACGUUUCUGUAA